AGGCCCCUCUUCUCCUCCAGGUCACCCACGCCCCUGCAAGAUGAAAGCUGUGGUGCUGACCUUGGCCGUGCUCUUCUUGACGGGGAGCCAGGCUCGGCAUUUCUGGCAGCAAGAUGAGCCCCAGUCCCCCUGGGAUCGAGUGAAGGAUUUGGCCACUGUGUACGUGGACGCAGUCAGAGAGAACGGCAGAGAAUAUGUGUCCCAGUUUGAAGCCUCCGCCUUGGCAAAACACCUAAACCUGAAACUCCUGGAAAACUGGGACAGCGUGAGCUCCACCGUCGCCAAGCUGCGCGAAGACCUGGGCCCGAUGACCCAGGAUUUCUGGGAUAACCUGGACAAGCAGACAGAGGGGCUGAGGCAGGAGAUGAACAAGGAUCUGGAGGAGGUGAAGAAGAAGGUGCAGCCCUACCUGGACGAAUUCCAGAAGAAGUGGCAGGAGGACUUGGAGCGCUACCGCCAGAAGGUGGAGCCGCUGGGCAGGGAGCUGCGCGAGGGCGCGCACCAGAAGCUGCAGGAGCUGCAGGAGAAGCUGAGCCCGCUGGGCGAGCAGCUGCGCGACCGCGCGCGCACCCACGUGGACGCGCUGCGCGCGCAGCUGGCGCCCUACAGCGAAGACCUGCGCCAGCGCCUGGCCGCGCGCCUCGAGGCGCUCAAGGAGGGCACCGACAGCCUGGCCGAGUACCACGCCAAGGCCAGCCAGCAGCUGAGCGAGCUCAGCGAGAAGGCCAAGCCGGCGCUCGAGGACCUGCGCCAGGGCCUGCUGCCCGUGCUGGAGAGCUUAAGGGUCGGCUUCCUGAGCGCCCUGGACGAGGCCACCAAGAAGCUGAACCCCCAGUGAGGCGCCCGCUCCCUUCGCCGGCGUUCGGGUUGUCAGAAUAAAUGUUUCCAAAGUGGGAA